UCAACGGGCAGCACUUGAAAGUUGUUAUUGCAACUGAGAGCAGCUGCCCCACUCAAGUCUCUGCUCCUCUCCUGCUGCUGCUGACACUGAUGGCGAUGGAGAACCUGAAGCAGUUCCUGGUGGUUCUGUCUGCCGCCGCCGCCAUCGGCUUUAUUGCCAUAAUCUUUGUGCUGAGAUGGGUUCUACACUUUCAGGACGGUUUAGCUUGGGAUGGAGGGCUGGCCGAAUUCAACUGGCAUCCGGUGUUAACAGUCACUGGAUUCAUUUUCUUACAGGGAAUCGCAAUAAUAGUCUACAGGCUCCCCUGGACCUGGCAGUGCAGCAAACUCAUGAUGAAGUUCAUUCAUGCAGGACUGAAUUUAUUGGCCUUCGUUUUUGCUGUUAUAGCCAUGGUGGCAGUUUUUGACUUCCACAAUGCUGCCAACAUUCCCAACAUGUACAGUCUGCAUAGCUGGCUGGGCCUCACAGCUGUGAUACUGUACGGUCUACAGCUUGUUCUUGGAGUUGGCAUGUACUUGAUACCAGUUACACCUGUAUCCUGGAGAGCAACAUUUAUGCCCUUCCAUGUCUAUGGUGGUCUUUUACUUUUUGCCAGUAUCAUAGCCGUGGCACUUAUGGGCAUCACAGAGAAACUCAUCUUUGGCCUGAAAGAUCCAAAGUAUAAGGACUCUCCCCCAGAGGCGAUUUUUGUGAACGUACUCGGAGUCCUCCUGGUGCUUUUCGGAAGUCUGAUCCUUUGGAUUGCCACUCGAACAUCUUGGAAACGUCCCAGAGACCAGAUCUUGCAUAGUCUGCAUACCAAUGGGGGAGGAGGGGACAACACCAAAGUUGCUUCAGCGCUGUCUCAACUGCAGGAUGGAAGUGAUGCUGAAGCCACUGGAGAUGUCAGAAAGAGGAGUAACAAAGCUGAUGAACAGGCUAACUGAUAGCCAGGGAAAGUCAAACUGAAUACAUUAACUUGUAUCACUCUUGUGUUUUUUAGCUUUCACUCUUGUACCUUAAAGUAUUUCAUUUUGAGCUCUGGUGUUUAUUGUUGUAAGUGCAUGUAAAUAAUGGUGAGCUACAAUGGUAAUAAGAUUCAGAUAAUUAUGUAAAAAUAGGCAUACACUGCACAAAGUAAUCAUCACGGGUUUUCUAUACACUAAAUGCUCUAUAUUGUAUUUUCUGAGUUUGUUACCCACAGUAUAUUAUAAUAAAUAUUUGCUAUGCCCAUUA